CCAACCCUCAUGGACCAGACCAUGAAGCUAGAAAACUGUAUUUUGCUGUCAUUUCAAAAUAAACCACUCCAUUAUUUUAUGUUUCUUCCUGCUGGACUCCAUUUUGUCUAAAAUAUAAAGUAUAUUAAAUUUGUAAUAGUUCUUCGAAAUAGUAAGAUGAAAGUCAUUUUAGAACAAUCUAUGCAAACCUACCUCAUAAAGGAAAAGAACUUUGAGAUUUGAACUUACAUUAAAAUCCAUCUUUUAUAGAAUCCUGUAACAAUUGAUUUCCUCCUGGACACAGAUCUGACUCUUCAACAUUCUCCGCCCACUGUACAGCAGUGCUGGCUGCUCCACACUUCUCUGCCUGUGUCCAUACAACUCUGACCUGACAUUCUGUUGUCCUUUCACCUCUACUCUCCAUUGGUCCGGCCUCCUGCUAGUAUGAGAGGCAUCGUUACCAUGAUUGAACUCACCUGUGUCAGGUGCUGCACCCUCCUCCCACCUGCAGCUGAGUGCUAACAACUUCCACAGAUCGUUUAUAUGUAUUUUUCAAGACAAUAUUUCAAUGAACAUACUUUUUUAGGUCAAUUUUUGUAAAUUCUCUCAUCACUUCAUGAAACAUUUUUAGUCCUUGUGUGGCCUGUAUUUAAAUCAAGCCAAUUUCAACAUAUUUUAUUCAAAUGGCAUCUUUAGCAUUUUAAAUAAAGAUUUGAAAUAUUUGAAAUACAUUUAACAAAGGAAAAUGCAGAAUCAAUUUAAUUUCUGGAAUUAAACAACUUUGAAUAGGGGAUUAGAACUGAACAGCGCCACACUAAGGUAGAGUGGAUUAAUUGUCUUUUCAAAGAGCAAUACGUUUUCCACAGUUCAAACCCCGUGAGAAUCAUCUCUCUCUCUCUCUGUGAAUACAAAUUGUUGAUUAGAUUAGUUUACUGUAAAGAGGCUAUAGGUGAGUCUGUGAGUAGAACCCCGCCCUCACCUGAUGACUGGGUCCUCAUCAGAUUGAUGAAUGGCUCAGUGGAAGUAAACAGUUCUUCAAAAUGCAGUUGUGAACCAAAGUAACACAAAGCACAACUCAAAACAUCUAGUAAUUAAUCAAAUAAAAUGUUUUUGUUUUACUCUCUAAACCUGGGUCUUUGAGUUGGUAUCAGUCUCAGUGUUCGUCUGCUGAAGAACCUGUUGUACUGAUUUAGCAGUUGUUCUGUUCCGCCCCCCUCUGUCUGUGUCAGUGGUCAGAGUAUAAAUACAUCAAGUCACCUUUACCCCAUGGAAGCUCCCUGUCUGCGGGAGACACAGGGACCUGAGUCCAGCCUGCGGAUGCACAGCACAUCAACUUCUCAGGACUUUCAAGCCGCUGCGUUCAAGGAGCCUCCUGACGUCGUCUAAUCAUGGGGGUCAAAGCUGCACUCCCCAAAUAUGAAUUAUAUUUCUACUACACAGUGUUGAGUCUGGCAAUGUUGUGGGCCACGAGUUGGAUCUUUGCAGUUUCCAGCUCUAAUGCAAAUAGAAAGUCGUUCAAAAGCAGCGUGAAGCCAGGAUGGUACUACUUUGGGAGAAAAAUGGACACGGCGGAUUUUGAGUGGGUCAUGUGGUUUUCAACUUUCAGAGAGCACAUCCUGUUUGCUCUUUCCGGGCACAUACUGUUUGCCAAAAUCUGCUCCAUGUUGGCUCCACAGUACAGGUCUCUGGUCUACAUGGUGUACGGGCUGCUGGCCGUGUGGACCAGUAUGGGCUGGACCUACGUCACCCUCAUGCUGUCUCACUGCAUCCUCCUCUACAGCAUCUCCUUGGUGAAGAUCCGCUGGCUCUGCUUUGCCACUGGUCUGUUUACACUCGCGACCUUCAAGUGUCAACCUUUCGUGGCCUGGCAGGCUGGGUUUGUAAAUGGUGACUUUGAGCUGCGCCACGUUCUCUUCUAUGGAGGUUGUGGCUUCACCAUAAUGCGAUGUAUGAGCUUCGCUCUGGAAAACUGUGAAAGGAAGGAUGGAAACUAUAGUAUCAUAGAGCUGCUCAAGUACAACUUCUACCUCCCCUUCUUCUACUUUGGGCCCAUCAUGACCUUUGAUCAAUUCCAUGUCCAGGUCAACAAGUCAGAUUUGACGAGGAAAGAGCGGGAAAUGUGGAACAUCAGUGUCCAUGGUCUGAUCCACCUGGGCGUCAUCAUCGUGGUAGACGUCCUCUUUCAUUUCAUGUACAUCCUGACCAUUCCCACUGAUGUGAAGCUGAUGAAACACCUCUCUGACUGGGCUCUAGUGGGUCUGGCCUACUUUAACCUGGUGUAUGACUGGGUCAAAGCAGCUGUCAUGUUCGGAGUCAUCAACACAGUGUCCAGACUGGAUCAUCUUGAUCCUCCCAGGCCUCCGAAAUGCAUCACUAUGCUGUACAUGUUCGCUGAAACCCACUUUGACAGGGGGAUCAAUGACUGGCUGUGCAAGUAUGUGUAUGACCAUCUGGGUGGGAAGCAUGAUAAGGUGGUGGAGGAGCUGGUGGCCACACUCUGCACCUACGGUGUGACCAUCCUCUGGCUGGGACCCUGUGAGGUGGUGCUCAUCUGGGCUUUCUUCAACUGUUUUGGCCUCAACUUUGAGCUGUGGACGGCCAAGUUAUUCUCCAUGGAACCUUUCGUAACCAUCGAGGCGACAAUGUCAGAGGCAGCGUCUCGAAGAAUCCGAGCCGUCAUAAAUACGUUUAAUUUCUGGUGCAUCGUUUUGUUCAACAUCCUGGCAAUUAACAGUUUGGACUUUGCCAAGAUGGUGGCCAAACGGCUUCUCCUCAAAGGCUUCCCCAUAACUACUGUCAUCGUCAUGUUUAUGACCUACUGCCUCGUUCAAGUCAUAAAAGAGUGGGAGAGGAGGCAGGCCAUGAUCCAGGAUCCAGAUCCACUUCCUCCUGCACCGCCUGCAAUCGCUACCACGGGUCCGACCGAAGCCUCGGCUUCAGAUGCUGCUCCUGAAACAGUCGCAGAUCCAAGCAAAGAAAAGUCGGAGUAGUUGUAUCACGAAUAAUGACCGAUGAAAAUUGUGACUUUUUAAUGAAAAUAUAUCUGUAUGGAAAACAUUUUAUGUAAACGUCAAUGUUAUUCAGUCUUUCAUUCGCAUUGAUUUAGUAACAAGCAGUUUCGUAACGUUCACCUUAAACUGUCCAACAACAUUGUGACAGCACCACGAAACGUGACCUCUUUUAACCCAUCACCAAAGUGAACAGUUUAACGCUGUAAGCGCCCGGGAGCAGUGUGCAGGGACGGUGUUAUUCUCAUUUGACUCAGAGCUUAAAUAUUGCACUUAGUGGUUGGAAUAUAUUGUUUCACACAUUGAGCCAGAGUUCUAUGUUCUUUCCUGUCUACAUUCAGAACGGAAAUGCUACAUGCUGCAGUGCAAAACGUAAAUGGAAAAUAAAUAGUGAAUAACAAGGCAGAAUAUUUAAAAUAUUAUCAAAUCUAUGUAUAAGGAGCUUCCUCAAAAGUAACACAAAGAGUGACCUGAAGUUAAAAAAUAAAUACAGAAAAUGUUUGUUUUCACUCGUGGGUCAGAGGAAGAAAAAUACAUCUGAAUAUUUAGAACCUCACCUAACCCAUAAGGGAGGCUCUGUACAAGUUUAGAGCUCAAUGAACAAACAGCUUCAAACUUAUGGUAUGUCAUCAAUUAAAAAGGUCAAGAUCACCAGGAUGAUUUGAUAUAGUAAAUACAGUAGAGGAGUGAAAGAAUUGUAAAAUAUGAUUUUGCUGUAAAAAAUAAUGUUGUGUUUUAAAUGAAAUAAAUCAUCUUUUGUGGGUAAAACAUUAGAAAAGCAGCGGUGGCUAAAAGUCCAUGCUUUUGUUGUUGGAUUUGAAUGAAAUCAUUAAAUAUUUUUACCUGUGACAAGUUU